AAUCCAUUAGGUCAGAGGUCAGUCUGCGCGCUUUCCAUCCAUCCACCGUUGAGAACGAAGAGCAGUUUUGGACGAAUACAAAGUCAGAGACCGACUAACGUUAAUGUUAGAGUGUUUCCCAUUAAAAACAGCCAUACGACGCGACGAAGAGCAGCAGCUUUUUGCGGUUUCUCACGAGGAAGCUCACCGCUUGUUGUUCUCUUAUUGGUUAGCCGAGCUAGCCACUUUAGCUGGCUGUGGAAGAAAGUACUAGCUAGCUACCGAGCUAGCUCAGACUCAAGCUAGCUAGAUCUAGCUAGAUCUCUUCGACCGGAGCGCGACCGACUAACGCAGACAUGCAGGACAUGCUGGCGAACGUGGAUCACCUCAAGUUUGACUUGGAGCUGGCGAUGCAGCAGCAGCUCGGGGCGCAGCCGCUGCCCUUCCCCGGCAUGGACAAGUCCGGGUCUGCUGUGUGCGAGUUCUUCAUGAGAGCAGCAUGUCAAAAAGGUGGGAUGUGUCCGUUCCGUCACAUCAGUGGAGAGAAGACAGUGGUGUGUAAGCACUGGCUCAGAGGUCUGUGUAAGAAGGGAGACCAGUGCGAGUUCCUCCAUGAAUACGACAUGACCAAGAUGCCUGAAUGCUACUUCUACUCCAAGUUUGGUGAGUGCAGCAACAAGGAAUGUCCGUUCCUGCACAUUGAUCCAGAGUCCAAGAUUAAAGACUGUCCCUGGUAUGACCGAGGCUUCUGCAAACACGGUCCUGACUGCAGACACAGACACACAAGAAGGGUGAUCUGUAUGAAUUACCUGGUGGGCUUCUGUCCAGAAGGAAAAUCCUGUAAAUUUAUGCACCCUCGUUUUGAAUUGCCCAUGGGAGCUUCUGAACAGCCUCCUCUACAACAGCAAAUCCAGAACCAGACAAAGCCUGUUCCGAUGAUCGGUCGCUCGUCGCUCUCUCUUAUCCAGCUGACCAACUCCAGUCCAGGCAUGCGGCCGCAGAACCACAUGCCGAUGGCUCCUCCUCAGCAGAAUAACAUGCCUGGCAACAGAGGGCCUCGGCCACUGGACCAGGUCACAUGCUACAAGUGUGGUGAGAAGGGCCACUAUGCCAACAAAUGCACUAAAGGCCAUCUUGCCUUCCUGAGUGGACAAUAACCUUCAGCCUUGAGGUCCCACAAUGCUGAGUCCCCCUGAUGUGAGAUGAGGAGCCACUUUGCUCCACAGGUUGAACUGAAAGACGUUGACUGCCACGUGUGAGUUUAUACAGACACAGGCAGAAGGAAAAACAAACAUAGCUACUUCUAUUUUUUGUGGAUACGGGAAAGAACAAAAAAGGUCACAAUCGUCUGGCUGUGGUCGAAUGACUUGUGCGUAAGUCUUCGUAGUUUUCUACAUUUGUACUGUAAAGCACACUGAAUAUUUAAAUGGACAUCACACCCAGAGUCCAGCAUGGGUGUAGUGCUGUAACAUGUUGCAACGUCUUUACAGGAUAUACGUGUUUCCUUGGGUCAUGUGACUGCAUCAGUGACACCAGACCGGACUUUAUAUUCUGCUACUUUUAGUUAAUCUGUGUAAAUGAAAUAAAGAAAAAAAAAAAAAAAAUGGAUGUGAAGUGCCAGUGGGAAUGUAAAUUCAUGCCGUUUCUACUCAAACUACUGCAAUUAAUCAGACCCCAAAUCCUCAAUGCAGAGGUUUUACAUUUUAAAUCCUAGGAUAUUUUUUUUAACCAGGGGCCCUUCGCUAAGUAUCUCAAAACGAAUUGCAAAGUUGUAUUGGAAGUCUGAACAUAGUUCCAUAAUCUGUACAGUGUUUCAAAUAAAUGUCUUUGUUACA